AUGAAAUAUCACUACCUUGGUUCCUCAGGUCUUAAAGUGAGCGCCAUCGGUUUAGGAUCGUGGAUUACAUUUGCGGCUCAAAUAGAUAAAGAUACUGCGGCCGAAUGCAUGCGUGUAGCUUUCGAGAACGGUGUCAAUUUUUUCGACGUGGCCGAAUCUCAUUCAGGAGGACAAGCUGAAAUUGAUAUGGGCUUGGCACUUAAGCGACAUAAUUGGCGCAGGUCCGACUACGUUAUAGCAACCAAGAUAUUUUGGGGAGGCAAAGGGCCCAAUGAUCGUGGACUGUCACGGAAACACAUCAUCGAGGGAUUGACAGCGUCGCUUCGUCGUCUCCAACUCGACUAUGUUGAUAUCGUGUAUGCACAGCGGCCUGAUCUUGACACGCCUAUGGAGGAAAUUGUACGUGCAUUCAACUGGUGUAUUGAUAAAGGCAUGUCGCUUUAUUGGGGAACCAGCGAAUGGCCCCCUUACCUUAUUGUGGAAGCGAUCAAUGUGGCCCGUCGAUUAAAUCUUAUUGAACCCGUUGUGGAGCAACCGCAGUAUAACAUGUUUCAUCGCGAACGAGUCGAAAAAGAAUACAAGCCCUUAUGUGACAAUUACGGCCUUGGGGUUGUUGGCUGGUCACCUUUGGCUUCAGGCGUUUUAACAGGCAAAUAUAACGAUGGUAUGAUUCCUAUGGAUGCGCGGUUAGCCAUCCAGGAUCAUCCGGUGAUCAAUCGGUUACGUGCCGGCUUCUUGAGUGCCGAAGGACGAUGCAAAAUUGAGAAAAUGAAACAACUAGUGCUGGUCGCUCAGAGAUUAAACAUCACUCCGGCGCAAUUGGCACUGGCGUGGUGCCUAAAGCAUCCCAACGUAUGCUCCAUCAUUACCGGCGCAUCAAGGCCCAGCCAAAUAGAAGAAAAUGUCAAAGCCAUUGAAUACCUUCAUCUUCUGACAGAUGAGAUCAUGUCAGAGCUAGAUCAGGUAAAAUGA